GCCGCACUUCCAUUAUGGCCGACCCCAGCCCAGCCGGCACUCCGCGGGCCCGCGACCCCGCCGCCGCGAUGCCGCAGAGUCCGACGCGCAUGUCCCGCCUGCGGGAGAAAGAGGAGCUGCGGCAGCUGAACGACCGUCUCGCUGUGUACAUCGACAAGGUUCGUAGCCUGGAGACGGAGAACAGCGCGCUCCAGCUGCAGGUGACCCAGCGGGAGGAGGUGCGCGGCCGCGAGGUCACCGGGCUCAAGGCGAUCUACGAGGCGGAGCUGGCGGACGCGCGGCGGGCGCUGGACGACACGGCGCGGGAGCGCGCCAAGCUGCAGAUCGAGCUGGGCAAGAUCCGCACCGACUACCAGAAGCUUCAGGGCAGCUAUGCAAAAAAGGAAUCUGACCUAAGUGGAGUCCAGACUAAACUCCGAGAGUGUGAAGCUGCCCUCAAUUCUAAAGAAGCUGCUCUGGCCACAGCCCUUGGUGAUAAGAAAAGUCUGGAGGGAGAAGUUCAAGAGUUGAAAACUCAGGUUGGACAGCUUGAGGCUUCUUUAGCUGCUGUCAAGGACCAGCUUAUACGUGAAACCUUGCAGAAGGUGGAUCUUGAAAACCGUUGUCAGAGUCUCACUGAGGAUUUGGAAUUCCGUAAAAAUAUGUAUGAGGAGGAAAUCAAUGAGACAAAAAAGAAGCAUGAAACUCGCUUGGUUGAGGUUGAUUCUGGGCGUCAGAUUGAAUAUGAGCAUAAACUGGCCCAAGCCCUUCAUGAAAUAAGAGAGCACCAUGAUGCACAAGUGAGACUGUACAAAGCAGAGCUUGAACAGACUUACCAUUCCAAACUGGAGAGUGCCAGACUGUCCUCGGAGAUGAACAGCUCUGCAGCCAACGCAAUCAGAGAACAACUGAAUGAAAGUCAAUUGCGAAUUGAGGGUCUAUCUUCCCACAUCACCAACCUUCAGAAGGAGUCUAGAGCAUGGCAAGACAGAGCACAAGAGCUUGAGAACAGCUUGACAAAGGAACAGGAAAAUGCCCGCAAACUGCUGAUUGAGAAAGAGAAGGAAAUUGCUGAGAUCAGAAAUGUCAUGCAGGAACAACUGUGUGACUACCAACAACUUCUGGAUGUUAAACUGGCACUUGACAUGGAAAUCAGUGCAUACCGGAAAUUGCUGGAGGGUGAAGAGGAGAGGUUGAAACUCACCCCAAGCCCAUCCUCCCGGGUGACAGUUUCCCGGGCUUCAUCGAGCCGCAGUGUCCGAACAGCCGGGGGGAAAAGGAAGAGGAUUGAUGUGGAGGAGUCUGAAGCAAGCAGUAGUGUUACCAUUUCCCACUCAGCUUCUGCCACUGGGAAUGUGUCCAUUGAGGAGAUAGAUGUUGAUGGAAAAUUCAUCCGUUUGAAGAACACCUCUGACCAGGAUCAACCUAUGGGAGGCUGGGAGAUGAUCCAAAAAAUUGGAGACACUUCUGCUACUUACAGAUAUACCUCAAGAUAUGUACUAAAGGCAGGCCAAACUGUUACAAUCUGGGCUGCAAAUGCUGGAGUCACUGCAAGCCCUCCCACUGACCUCAUCUGGAAGAACCAGAAUUCCUGGGGUACUGGUGAAGAUGUGAAAGUUGUACUGAAGAAUUCUCAGGGAGAGGAGGUUGCUCAAAGAAGCACUGUCUUCAAAACAACGGCACGUGAAGGGGAAGAUGAGGAAUUAGAAGGAGUUGAACCUCUGGAGGAAGAAGAAGAACUUUCCCACCAGCAGGCAGAGCAAAGGGCAUCCAGCAGAAACUGUCUGGUUAUGUAACUGCCAGUCAUCCAGGUUCCUCCAGUCAGAGUAAUCCUUGCCUACAGAACAGAGCCUUCUCAGAAGCACAACAUUAUUUUCUGUCUGUGAAUUUUGAAGCUGCGAGUUUGAUGGCCUUAAUUUCCUUUGCCACUGAAAAAAAGGAAGGUUUGUAGAAGUAUCUUGACUUCCUCGCAGGAUGUGAAUUGUUGACUCUAAACAGAUGUGCUGUUUGGAAAUUACUGUUCCUGUCUCCCAGAUUUAUAUGCCAGUCUCUUUUUAUUGAAACCUUGCUGGAAUAGAAAUAUUCCAGUGUGUUUUGGGGAUCGAUUUUAUUAGAUUACACCACUCUAGACUAGUCAUUAUUGACCUCUUCGUAUUUAGGUGCUGUUGGGGAUUGGUUUAGAGUGCUUAUUCUGCAGGAGGAUUCAUGUUACACCUUGUAGUUGUGUUGUUAAGGUAGUGUUACCAGCUUAAAUUUUCCCGUGUGUUUAUUUAACAAAUAGAAGGCUCUUUUAAUAUGGAUUGCCUUACUUGUUUACAAUUUUUAGGAAUGAGACCAAGUCCCUAGGGGUUUUAGUCUACAUUUGUAUGGGAAACAGUUUAAAUUUUGUCAAUGUUGAAAGUUUUUUCUGUCCUUUUUACAUUAUUCUGAUGUUAAAAAACUUUUAAUAAAGUAUCUCUGUUCAAGUUGCUGU